AUGGACCCGGAACAGGCCGGACGGCGCGCGGACGCCACGGCGCCCCCGCCGCCUUUCGUGCGCGUCGCCCCCUCGCUCUUCCUCGGGAGCUCGCGCGCCGCGGCCGCGCCAGAGCCGCUGGCGCGCGCGGGCGUCACCCUGUGCGUCAACGUCUCGCGCCAGCAGCCCGGCCCGGGCGCGCCCGGCAUCGCCGAGCUGCGCGUGCCCGUGUUCGACGACCCGGCGGAGGACCUGCUAGCGCACCUGGAGCCCACCUGCGCCGCCAUGGAAGCCGCGGUGCGCGCCGGCGGCGCCUGCCUCGUCUACUGCAAGAACGGCCGCAGCCGCUCGGCCGCCGUCUGCACCGCCUACCUGAUGCGUCACCGCGGCCUCAGCCUGGAGCGGGCCUUCCGGACAGUGAAGAGCGCCCGCCCAGUUGCCGAGCCCAACCCGGGCUUCUGGUCCCAGCUCCAGAAGUACGAGGAGGCCCUGCAGUCGCGGUCCCUCCUGCCCAGGGAGCCGUCGGGCCCGAGUGAGCCCUGAGCGGUCAGCCCUGGAGGACGACCAACCAACCCCAAAGUAGGACGCUCGGGGGUCUCCUGCAUCCUCGAGGUGGGAAGAUGUAGUGCAUGCACUGACGGGAGGCUGGGCCGUCCUCUCCUGCCUCACGUCCCACGGAGUUUUUAUUUUCUGCAGCUUCCCAAAGCUCUCUGUCCCCGCUUGAUGGUAGUGUAGGGGUAUGUUCGCAGAGAACUGGGGAACCGUUCUUCCCCUGGUCCUUAGGUUUACUAGACAGGGCUUGAUCAGGAACAUCAAAACCACUCGGGCAAACUGAGCCAGAAAGACAUUUACUACGGAGAGGCGGAGGGCGGGGAGCCAAGGUCAGGAGAUGGGGAAACCACAGGAGUCACGAGGGCCUGCCACCCUGCCCCUGGCUUCCUUCCACAUUCGAGCCUGCCACCAGCUCAGGCCACGGUGGCUUUCCGAAACAGACUCGGAGCUGCUGUGCCACACGGGUGCGGGUUCGAGGCUCUGUGACAGACUCCGCUUGGGCUCCCUUGGGGCUCUCGGUGCCCACGCCCACUUCCUACCUUACUGACCUUCCGGUUUCGGCCAAGGUCAGGCCCAGACCACACUGACCACCCAUGUGUCUGAGUGCAUUGAUUACUCUGGUUCAGAGGCACCUCAUCUGGGCAUCCUACAGCCUGAAGACUGUACUACAAAAUUAAUCACCCUCAACACUCCCUAAAUAAGAUAAAGGGGAGAGAGUAAAGGAAAAAAGGGAUAAUACAUGAAUUACAGAUGAUGUAGUCCCCGGUUAACACAUACAGUGUACAGAUAACAAAAUAAUGGAUAAAAUACUGCAGUUGGUGUUUAUCAUUUCCCUUGACCCUCAGCCAGUGCCCCGGGUCCUGGUCCUCCCAGUGGGGUGUGUGGAGCCUUCAUCUCGAAGGGCCGAGUGGUCCUGCCUACACUGUGCUGUGCCCUCCGUGGUCUCCUGCACAACCCGGGAGUCCUGAGCGGCAUGAGCGCAGUGCCCCGAGUCCCAGCACAGCAAAGCCCUGCUGCCCCUUCGGAGUCAAGGUCAGGGAGUUUCCUGGAGGUCUAGUGCUUAGGACUCGGCGUUUUCACUGCUGAGGCCUGGGGUCAGUCCCUGGUCGGGGAACUAGGAUCCUGCAAGCCUCACAGCACCCCCCCCCAAAAAAAAAGUGUCAGUCAUUGAGCAGAGCAACUCUGAUGUGUGCCUUGAGGACCCCCAACUGGCUAAGUGGGGUCUCAACCUCCGUGCAGGUGUGUCCCAGACGGAAGCAUCCUACCUGCAGAUGAAAACCUCUGACCAAGCAAAGCCCAAAGGGUGAAGCUUGGGAGCCUGAGCUGUGAGCAAGGCCCUGGGGCGGUUGUGAAGGGGCCUCGUCCUCCCCAGCCUUCCUGCUCCUGCUCUGCCAGCAUGAUGGCCCCUGGCUCAGAGCAUGCCCCACCCCCUGCAGGUCAGCACCCAGCCCUGUGCAGUGCCACGCAUCAGUGGCGCCCAUCUCUAAGAGCCACAGCCCUCGUCAUAACCUGACUUCUGCCACCUUUAUGGAGGGCUCGCCAGCUGCCACCUACUCCCCGCAGGCCCCUCACAGCUCAUGUUGCUUUCCCAUCUACCUGUAAACAAGCGCCUGCCGUUGUCUCCGCGUGGCAGGUGAGGCCGCUGCGGCUCCAUCUGUGCCCUCAGGUGAGCUGAGUGGUGUUUGCCCAGCUGGGAGGUCUACAGCCAGGACCUGAGCCCAGAUCUUUUCCCUGUGUGCUCCUGGUGCUGCACACCCCCUGACCUGCUGACGUGGCCCCGGGUGACACGGGUGCAGGGGUGUCAGAGCCCGGGCCAGGCCUCGGUCUCCCAGCUCCAGUUGGAGAACCGUUCACGUCUGCCUGCCGCCAGAGGCCAGGCAUGCCUCGGACCUCUGUCCCAGGGACAGCACAGCCCCCACCUGACCCCCACAGGCCUCCUGGAAGCCCUCCCACCGCCGUGUCCACCUGCUAACAGAUGAGGCCAGGGACCCGCUCCCCUCCCGGUGCCCGCACACUUGAACAGUGGCACCCAGUCUGUGUUCAUGGGGAGAAGGCUGGGUGCAGAUGCUUCCGCCUACCAAGCCAGUCAGGGUUGGACCAUCCACAGGCUGGUGUAUGGGGCUUCCCUGGCGGUCCAGUGGUUAAGACUGCACCUUGCAAUGCAAGGGACACUGGUCCAGGAUGAUCCCACAUCCCACGGGGCAGCAAAGCCCGUGCGCCACAGAACUGCGGAGGCCUGUGCUUUACAGCCUCUUCUCCACAAGAGAAGCCACUGCAGUGAGAAGCCUGCACACCGCAAGAAGAUCAACCCCCGCCAGCACGACUCGGCAGCAGCAAAGGCCCGCCACAGUCAAAAAAAAUAAAAUAAUAUUUUUUAAAAA